ACACUUGUGCAGAGGGUUUGAACUUUGAAUUCGUCGUGUGAUUUUGUAAUCAUAAAAAUAGAAUUAGCUCAUGCUGACGCCGUGUCUACGUCAUUUCCCAGUCUUCUUCCCCCGUACCGUCUUAAAGUGCCAUCUCGCUGACAUCCCUCUGGUAUUUACAAACACGCCCCACUCGAUUUGUUUUUCUUCGGUUCUCCAUGUUCUUCGCCCUUCGUUUCCUUAUAUAUUGUGAUUUGAUCCACGGACUUCGAUUGUAGGGAUCAAUCUCUCGGAGUCAGAAGAUCGAACACUAGGUGGGUAUUAGUAAUUCGCGCGAUUCCGGCCAUGGAGGCGAAGGGAUUCGAUAAGCCCGACAGCGGCGCAGACGCUCCUCACGUGGUGCUGCUGGCCACGCCUGGCGCUGGGCAUCUGAUUCCUCUUGCCGAGUUUGCCAAGCUCCUCGUCGACCGUCAUGGCUUCUCCGUCACCAUCAUCACCUACACCGUCUUCGCCUCCAAGACGCAGGACGCGCUACUCUCCUCCCUGGCUCCGUCCGUCGCCUCCCUUGUUCUCCCCGCCGUCCCCUUCGACGAUCUCCCUCCCGAUGCCCGCAUCGAGACCAUCAUGUCGGUCGUCGCCGUCCGCUCCGUGCCCACCCUCCGGGCCGAAUUGUCCCGCCUCCAGGCCUCCUUCAACGUCGUCGCCCUCGUCGGCGACCUCUUCGCCACCGAAGCCAUCGCCGUUGCCCGCGACCUCGGGGUCCUGCCGUACUUGUUCUUCCCCUCCAAUCUCCUCACCCUCUCGCUCAUCCUACACCUUCCCGAGCUCGACGCCUCCGUCGCAUGCGAGUACCGCGACCUGCCCGAGCCUCUCCGCCUUCCUGGUUGCGUGCCGAUCCCUGGACCGGAGUUGCUUCACCCGAUCCAGGACCGGUCCAACGAGGUGUACAAGUGGAUCCUCCGCCACGGGCGCCGAUACCGGGACGCUGAGGGCAUAAUUGCGAACACGUUCGAGGCGUUCGAACCGGACGCCGCCAAGGUCCUGAAGCAGGGCCAACCGCCUCUCUAUCUCGUCGGGCCGCUGACGCAGUCCCGGCCCGCCGGGGCCGAAGAGGACGCUGAGUGCUUGAGGUGGUUGGACAAGCAGCCGGUGGGGUCGGUGCUGUUCGUGUCCUUCGGCAGCGGUGGGACCCUGACAACGGCGCAGCUAGCGGAGCUGGCUCUGGGUCUGGAGAUGAGCGGGCAGCGGUUCCUGUGGGUGGUCCGGAGCCCCAGCGACGGCGGCAACGCCAGCGCUAACUACUUCACGACCCAGAGCAAGGCGGAUCCCUUCCCCUUCCUACCCGCCGGGUUCGUGGAGCGGACCCGGGAGGUGGGGCUACUGAUCCCGUCGUGGGCCCCUCAGGUCGCGGUGCUCGGCCACGCCGCCACCGGCGGCUUCCUAAGCCACUGCGGAUGGAACUCGACGCUGGAGAGCGUGAAGGCGGGAGUGCCCAUCAUAGCGUGGCCGCUCUUCGCGGAACAGAGGCAGAACGCGGUGAUGCUGGCGGAGGGGGCGAAGAUCGCGCUGCGGCUGAGGGCGGCGGAGGACGGACUGGUGCCGCGCGAAGAAGUGGCGCGGGUUGUGAAAGAACUGAUGGAGGGGCAGGAAGGGAAGUCGGCGAGGCAGCGGGUGUCGGAGCUGCAGGAGGCGGCGUUGAGGUGCCUGGAGGAGGGCGGCGCCGCGCUGGAAGCGCUCGACGAAGUGGUCAACAGGUGGAAGUCCAGAAAUUGAAUUAGUCCAGCAUCAAGCCAUGUAACUCUAACAUGGCGUUAAUUCCUCCCUCGUAAUUGAAGUGGCCGACGGCACUAAAUGAAAUGAAAUGAAAUGAAAUGAAAUGUAACCUAAUGUAAUGUAAAAGUGUGUAACAGUGUGAAGCAGCUUUCCUCUAUGGGGAUUGUGAUGUAGUUGUAGACUUGUAGUUGGGUGUGGCAUCCGCAUUUCACUUACUUUUGGCGCGUAUCAAUUCUUAUUCUUGCCUUCC